AUGCCCAGGGACAGACCGCUCUGUGCCCUUUCUAUCUCUCAGAUAAACAUCUGUGGUGUGAGCCGGAACCGGGUCCUCCCAGAAGCCCAGGCCAACAAUGUGAAGAAGAUCGUACCACGCCCUUUAUCCAGGGUGAAUGGCUGGUCACCGCCCCUCCACUCCUUCCAGGCAAUAUCCUGGACCACCUCUCUGGUCAUGUUCGUUGCUGCCUUUGGGAUCUUCAUCCCCUUUCUGCCAAGGAGCUGGAAAUAUGCUGCCUAUGUUGUAUCCUUUGUGCUACUGAUGGGUGGGUUGUCCUUGUUCCACCUCAUCGUGCACUUGGUCGCAACUACCAUUGAUCCAGCUGACACCAAUGUCCGACUCAAAAAGGACUACUCGGAGCCUGUGCCGACCUUCGACCGGUCCAAACACGCACACGUGAUCCAGAACCAGUACUGCAACCUGUGUGAGGUUACUGUGAGCAAGAAAGCCAAGCAUUGCAGCUCCUGCAACAAAUGUGUCUCUGGCUUCGACCACCACUGCAAAUGGCUGAACAACUGUGUGGGCAGCAGAAACUACCGGUACUUCUUCUGCUCUGUGGCCUCAGCGGCAGUUGGUGUGCUUAUCGUGAUGGUUAUCUUGCUGUACGUCUUCAUCCAGUACUUUGUCAACCCUGGCGAGCUUCGCACAGACCCUCUGUAUAAAGAGAUCAGUGCUGAGAACAUAUGGCUGCUGUUCCUCCCACUGUGGCCUGUGCCUGUGAAGACCCCCGUGGUCCUGUCCAUCAUAGUGGUGGUGUUCCUGCUAGCCAUUGCCAGCUUUGUGCUGCUCGGGCACCUGCUCAUCUUCCACUUCUACCUGAUCGCCAAGAACCUGAGCACAUUUGACUACAUGAUGCAGCCCCGAUUCCAGAGGAAUUCACACUCAUCAGAAAAGAAAGAGCUACCUCUACGGAAAAAGGGGAACCUUUCCCAGGAAAAGAGUAGUAACUUGAACUGGUCUCAAUGUUCACCGAGGAUGGAGUCCGGGAAGUUCCUGCUGUCUACUCUUCCGCCGAAGUCAAAUACGGGUUUCAUAGCUCCAUCUCCAAAGAUUCCUUCACAGUAAAGGUGAAUAUAGCGUGCUGAUUGGGCCUCAUGACACAGGCCUGUGUCACCUGCAGGUCCACAGUUUCUCCAACCUGAGGAGAGCAAUGCACUGAGCUCCCAUUUGACUGAUACUGUUUUACAGUUGUGGAAUGGUACUCAGGCAGGAACAACAGUGAGAAACAGAAGGAGAAUGGAGGGACAGAAAUUCUCAGCCAUAGGUGUCUGGAGGACAAGAGGAAGUGAGGGUAGAAAAUGCAGUGAAGAAAUGAAUCUUCUGAAACCAAAGCAACAUUGCACAUGUUAGUGAGGCACACUGAAGGCUACAGGUGUAACAUACAAUCUGGUCUACAAGAGCUAGUUCCAAGACAGGCUCCAAAGCUACAGAGAAAGUCUCUCUCAAAAAACAAA